AUGACUGAGUCAAAGCCUUCGUAUAACACCCUGGAGUUGUUCCUCGAAGAGGGUAUGCUGGACUAUGAGAGUGACACCACUGCGUCGAGGAUCUACGGCCAUCCUCCGGCUACGCCACCGACGCGUGGCAGCGCCCGCCUCGCGCCUAAUCCAUUUGUGGAGCACGAGGAUUUACCUUCACCCCUUGCACGGCGCACAGCCGUCGACCCUGCGUUGGGUGUGUUGCACAACAAGCUCGAUUAA